CUUUCGAGUUCCAUACUCCACAAACUUUAACACCAUGAGACGGAAAAUCAUUAGCACCACCCACGGUCAUGGCCACCAGCACAACCCUCUUUCUUCCCAACCCCUUCAAGUCUCAAAAAAACCUUAGCACUAAAUUCCCCAACCCACGCAACUGUAACCCGGUCCCGAGGUUCAUCUGCUCCUCCGUCACAGCACAAUCCCGAUAUGCCAGGGAGAAUCUCCUCGCCCUCAUCUCUGACCAGGACCGCGGCCUCAGGACCCAGAACGACCCGGCAAAACGAGCCUCGAUCGUCGAAGCCAUCGAUGCGAUGGCCGCCCUGGGAGCUGGCUCGGUCACCACCGGCGAUUCCCUCUCCGGCACGUGGCGGCUGCUCUGGACAACGGAGAAGGAACAGCUCUUCAUCGUUGGGAAGGCUCACUUGUUUGGCACUAGUGCCGGGGAUGUAUUGCAGGUCAUAGAUGUUCGGAAAAGUACCCUCAAUAACGUGAUCACGUUUCCUCCGGAUGGGGUUUUCUUUGUUCGAUCAAGUAUUCAGAUUGUGUCGCCGCAGAGAGUGAAUUUCAGAUUUACUAGUGCAGUAUUACGUGGGAAGAACUGGGAAAUACCGUUGCCACCGUUUGGACAGGGUUGGUUUGAGACUGUGUACCUCGAUGAUCACCUUCGAGUUGUAAAGGAUAUUAGAGGAGACUAUUUAGUUGUUGACCGAGCUUCCUAUAGCUGGAAAGAAUGACUUGUAUCUUCGUUGCCGUUUUUUGUGCAUUUUUUGUUAAUUAAUACUUCUAACUCAACUGUCUGUAUGGGUUUAAUUC